GGUUGAAAUCAUGCAACUUAAUUCUCUCCUACACACAAGUCUAUAUAAUAACUAAAUACUACAUGUAACCUAACCAACAUGUGAGAAAUGUUUACCUUUCGGCUGAAAAAUUUUGAAAAAUAUUUAUUACACCAAACCCUAAGGUGAAAUCAAUUAUCAUUUACAUAUUAUUUGCAGCCUGACAUUCUGAUAGUAAUCCAGCUUUGGUACACAAACUUAGAGAAAGCUGCAAUGUCGUCACCCACCGAGGAUUCCGAGCUGACGGUGGAAUUACCAUUUGGACAAGAAAUAACGGUGAUCCAGACCUCCGUUGGGAAAAUUAAGUGUCCCUUAUGCACCGUCGUAGUUUCCUCCGUCGCCUACUUUAAAAAUCAUCACACCUUCAAACACACGAGGAAGGAUUUGCUCUGCGACUUUUGCGGUUUACGUACCCUCCCUGACGACACAACUUUCCAGGAACACGUGACAACCUUCCAUUCUGACGAGAAUCCUCUAAAGUGUGCGAAAUGUAGGUACCUUGCCAAAGAUAAGUUAUCCCUGUGGCGACACAUUACAAGUACAGAGGCCAGCCGUGAAAAGAAAUUUCUUUGUGAACAAUGUGACGCAGAGUAUUCGUCUUCCGCAAGCUUAAAGAUCCACGUGCACAAGAAGCACUUAAACCUGCCCCUCCCUCUCAGCAAGUGUAAAGAAUGCGACGCUCAAUUCCAAGAAAGGUGGUCACUCCGUCACCACGUGGCAGCUGUGCACAGGGAAAAUGUGAUAAGCAAGUGCUCCCAGUGUUCGAGAGAAUUCAAAAAUCUUCAGCGUCUUAAAGCCCACGUGAAAAGACAGCACACCGCCAGUACUCGGAAUUACCCUUGUUCCCUGUGCAACAUGAAUUUCCGGCAGCCCGAGCACCUCAGGCGACACGAGAAGUCUGAAACGCACAAAUUGAUGGCAAAAGGCGAAACAGCCGAGGCUCGGGCUAGGAUCGAGGUGACGAAGUACAGGACAAAGAGAAAUAAGAUAACGGAUGGCCGCCCAGACUCUGACUCGGAGGAGGUGACCUAUGUCCCCAAAAUAGUAAGAACUUAUAACAGAGUGAAGAAAAUGGGCCAAAUUAUACACCCAAAGGGUGCACCAAAGACAAAGCAAGCGCGUCAAAAACUUGAAAAAGUGUGUUCAAAACCUAAAACGCCACAUCCACAAAUUAGAAAGGCUCGAAAACGGUGUAAAGUCAAAACUAAAAUUGAGUACGACGACGAGGAUGAUGCCACAUCUAUUAUAAAAAUUGAGGACCCUUCCGUCAAACUAGAACAGGAUUAUUUAGAUAAUGAAGAAUGUGAUGUAUUUUAGGAAAAAUUAAAAUACGCAAUAAAUUUGUACGGAUUUUUGUUUGUAUUUAUCUGUACGUAAAAUACUAUAAUAAUUAUUUUUUAAGAAAUAAAGAUUUAAUGGAAUGGAUUUAUUAGUACUGAGGUAACUGGUGGAUCGAUAAAUUGGUCAUUGUUAUGGUGACUCCUGUUUACAUAUUUGUACGCUUUUUAUAAUAAACCAAAUUUUGAUGCAAA